AUGGUUCAAUCUGCUCAGGGCCUGCUCGCGCUUCUCGACGAGCCAGAGCCCGCUCUCCAGGCGCACGCUCUCGAGGCCAUCAACGCCCGCAUCGACUCGUUCUGGGCCGAGGUCGCAGACGAGGUCGUCAAGAUCGAGGCCCUGUCCGAGUCGACCGAGUUCCAGAGCCGCGACCUCGCUUCUCUCGUCGCGUCAAAGGUCUACUUCCACCUCGGCAACCUCGACGAGGCCCUCUCGUUCGCCCUCGGCGCUGGCAAGCUGUUCGACGUCGAGCUCGCAGGAGACGUUCCGCCGCAAGAGGCCCAGUAUGUCGAAACCAUCAUCUCCAAGGCGAUCGACUCGUACACGUCGUCCAGGUCGGCAGCUGCACCUUUGGCCGACGCCGUCGACCCGGCACGAGUCGGCGGCAACGUCGACAAGCGUCUCGAGGCGAUCGUCGAGCGCAUGUUUGAGCGGUGUGAGCGCGACGGCGAGUACAAGCAGGCUCUCGGCAUCGCCCUGUCGUCCCGACGACUCGACGUCGUGCAGCGCAUCUUCGACCAGACCAAGGACGCGAGCCUGCUCGAGUGGAUCCUGCACAUUGUCGUGCGCGAGGGCAUCGCCGUCGGCGGCCAGAGCAAGAGCUACAAGAGCGAGAUCCUCCAGCUCCUGAUCAAGCUGUUCGAGUCGCUCCCGUCGCCCGACUACUUCUCGAUCACCCAGUGCUUCGUCUACCUCAACGACCCGUCCCUCGCCUCUUCCCUCCUGUCGUCCCUCCUCAAGCUCGACACGCCGUCCGACACGCCCGACGACGACGCCGUCCUCACGGCCUACCAGAUCGCGUUCGACCUCGCCGAGACGGCAACGCAGGAGUUCCUCCAGUUUGUGCGGGCCGCGCUCGCGCCGGCCGACGCCGUCGAGGCGCCCGCACCCGCACCGAGUGGCGGCGAGGGCGGCGACGCGACCGCGGCGGCCGCAGCGCCGGCGGCGCAGCAGGAGGUCAAGCCCAAGGAGGGCGCCGAGCUCCUGCGCGAGCGCGUCGUGACGAUCCUGAGCGGCGAGGAGAGCAUCAAGCUCUACCUCGAGUUCCUGUACCGCAACAACAAGGCCGACCUGCUCAUCCUCAAGUCGACGCUCGACGCGCUCGAGCCGCGCAACUCGAUCUACCACUCGGCCGUGUCGUUCAUGAACGCGUUUGCGCACGCCGGCACGACGUCGGACCAGUUCCUGCGCGAGAACCUCGAGUUCCUCACCAAGGCGAGCAACUGGUCCAAGUUCACGACUACCGCCGCGCUCGGCGUCAUCCACAAGGGCAACCUCGCCCAGGGCAAGGCCAUCCUCGAGCCGUACCUCCCCGCGGCCAACGGCGACCGCGGCGCGGCGGGCAGCGUCUACUCCGAGGGCGGGUCCCUGUACGCGCUCGGCCUCGUCAACGCCAACCACGGCAAGGACGAGACGGUGCGGUACCUCGUCGACACGCUCAAGAACAGCCAGGACGAGGUCAUCCAGCACGGCGCGGCGCUCGGUCUCGGCGUGGCGGCCAUGGGCAGCGGCAACGAGGAGCUGUACGACGAGCUGCGCACGGUCCUGUUCAACGACUCGGCGGUCGCCGGCGAGGCGGCCGGGUACGCCAUGGGCCUCGUCAUGCUCGGCACGGCGUCGGACAAGGCGCUCGACGAGAUGCUCCAGUACGCGCACGAGACGCAGCACGAGAAGAUCAUCCGCGGCCUCGCGCUCGGCCUCGCGUUCCUCAUGUACGGCAAGGAGGAGGAGGCCGACAGCCUCAUCGACACGCUCGUCGGCGACGACGACGCCAUCCUGCGGUACGGCGGCAUGUACGCGCUCGCGCUCGCGUACGCCGGCACGGGCAACAACCAGGCGAUCCGCAAGGUGCUCCACGUCGCCGUGUCGGACGUCAACGACGACGUGCGCCGCGCGGCCGUCACGGCGCUCGGGUUCCUCCUGUUCCGCAACCCGACCCAGGUGCCGCGCAUCGUGCAGCUCCUCAGCGAGUCGUACAACCCGCACGUGCGGUACGGCUCGGCGCUCGCGCUCGGCAUCUCGUGCGCCGGCACGGGCCUCGAGGACGCGAUCGCGCUCCUCGAGCCCCUCACCAAGGACCCGGUCGACUUUGUGCGCCAGUGCGCGUGCAUGUCGCUCGCCAUGAUCCUCAUCGAGCAGAACGAGACGAGCCACCCCAAGGUCGCCUCGACGCGCGCCAUCUACAAGACGAUCCUCGCCGACAAGCACGCCGACCCGAUGGCCAAGUUUGGCGCCGCCCUGUCGCAGGGCAUCAUCGACGCCGGCGGCCGCAACGUCACCAUCUCGAUGCAGAACAAGAGCGGGAGCGGCAACAUGCCCGCCAUCGUCGGCAUGGCCCUCUUUGCCCAGUUCUGGUACUGGUUCCCGCUCGCGCACUGCCUGUCGCUCGCCUUUACGCCGACGGCCAUCAUCGGCGUCAACAAGGACCUCAACCUGCCCAAGUUCGAGUUCGUCAGCAACGCCAAGCCGUCCCUGUUCGCGUACCAGCCCGCGACCAAGCCGCCGACCAAGGAGGCCGUCGAGAAGGUCAAGACGGCGGUCCUGUCGACGACGGCCAAGGCGACGGCGCGCGCAAAGGCCAAGGAGGCGGCCGAGGGGGCCGAGAGCGGUGGCGCCAAGGUCGACGAGAUGGAGACGGACGACAAGCCCGCCGAGGAGACCAAGCCGACGACCGACGACGCCAAGAUGGACACGGACGACACUACCUCGGCCGCCGCUCCCGCCGCAUCGACCUCGACCUCGACCGACGCACCAAAGAAGGACGGCGCCAAGGCGCGCAAGGCGCCCGAGCCGUCGUCGUCGACCCUGUCCAACCUCUCUCGCGUCACGUCGGCCCAGCUCUCGGUCAUCACGUUCCCGUCGUCGGCGCGCUACGUGCCCGUGCGGCCCGUCGCACCUCCUGCCGCGCCCUCGACGGGCGCCGGUCCCGGCCCGUCGGGCUCGAGCGCCGGCGCCAAGCCGCUCGCGCCUCUCGCGGUCGGCGGCGGUGGCGGCAUCCUCCUCAUGCGCGACACGAAGAAGGGCGACGACGAGGAGCUCCUCGAGUUGACCGUCUUCAAGGCGAUCGACACGAGCGGCGACGCGGCGGUGGCGGCGGCGGCGGCGGGCGUCGAGCCUGCGGGGGCGCCGAGUGGAGGGUCGGCCGGCGACGACGAGCUGCGCACUGCGCCCAUCGCCGACGUGCCGCCGCCGUUCGACUGGUCCGACUGGGGCGCGUGAUCGCCACUUUCCCUCUCUCUCUCCUUGCCGCUCGCUUUCCCCUCUCGCACCCUGUAGACGCAAUGAAACAUCUCUCGAAGUUCCUUGUG